GGGCUCUCGGCUUUGGUCGCGUCUAUUGUUUGCUCGAUGAGUUGAUUUAACUCUUGGCAGAGAUUGCACAGACAAUAAUAUGUCGCCUCAGGUCUCAGAGAGUCUGCGUAGGCGGAGUAGACCUAGGCCUGGUUCUGGCACGCAUGCCAUGAUCGUCAUGAUCUUCCAGCGGGCAAUUAUGCUCACAGACAUUGCUAGCUUCUGACGCUGGAACGGACAAGGACUCAUGCACUCAUGUCGAACAACCAAUUUUCAAACUGCCUCCGUUCAGUGAAUAUGCGAUUCGCCAAAAGCUUUCGACAGCUAGAUACUACUUGAAAAGUCAAGUAGCGUAGCUCUCAAACUUUGAUAUUGCUCGGCUAGUGGCGUUCACUGUUGGUAGCAUUCACUAACGACUCCACAGAACGGGUGUAUUUCAGCACCAAGACUGCACGAGCCUGGAGUUCUACAAUGACCCGAGUUCAAGUGACGGACUUCCCCAAUACCGCCCGGGCCGAAGACGUGUCCACUCGUAUAUAUACCCUCUGUGCGAUGUCUUCUUGUUCCCAGCUUCGUCCACACGACGGUCUCACUAUGAAACCUCUUUUCAGCAACGUCGCUCUUUUCCUGCUCAGCCUGACGCAGGCACAGGCCGCAGUCCGCCGCAGCAUCCCAUCUCAGCCGACUGUAGGCACUUUUCACCGCCGCACCUACUUCUAUGCAGGUGGAGAGUUCGCGCCUCAAAGCCCAUCAGUAAUCAGUCACGGACAGGUGUAUGUCGAACACCUUGUGCCAGAAAAGGUCACUCAGCCGCUCCCACUGCUGAUGGUGCACGGGAUGGGAAUGACUGCUACCAAUUUCCUUAACACACCCGACGGUCGCGUUGGGUGGGCAGAUCAUUUCAUGAGCAAGGGCUGGGAGGUCUAUCUCAUCGACCAGCCUUCUCGUGGGCGGUCGCCCUGGUCGGAGAGUACUGACGGAGAUGUUGUCCUUCUGGACACAGAGACUGUCUCGGCCCACUUCACAGCUCCGCAGGACUUUGAUCUCUGGCCUCAAGCGGCUCUUCAUACCCAAUGGCCCGGCAAUGGGACACGCGGCGAUCCCGUCUUUGACGAGUUUUUCAAGUCGAUGGUGCAGUACCUUAACAGCACUUCGCAGUCCGAAGUGGAGCUCCAAGCUGCAGCGACAGACCUGCUCAAUAAGACCGGACCAGUGGUAUUACUGACGCACUCGCAGGGUGGCCCUAUGGGAUGGGUGCUCGCGGACGCAAAUCCCGCCAAUGUUCAUGCCAUUUUGGCGAUUGAACCUGGAGGCCCGCCGUUCGUGGACGCCGUCCUCGACACCGCCCCUGACAAUGUCUGGGGUGUUACCAACAUCUCGAUAAGCUAUUCUCCGCCAGUGGCUUCCCCGUCCGAUCUCCAGCCGACUGUCGUCUUCACAGACCCGAGCGUCAGCUUUACCUGCUUCCAGCAAGGCACCAACCCGCCACGGAAGCUCGCAAACCUGGUGGACAUACCAGUGCUGAUGGUGACGUCCCAGGCAAGUUACCAUGCGGUAUACGACAACUGCACGGCGGCGUAUCUGCAGCAGGCUGGUGUUAGCGUGGAUCAUGUGCACCUGGAAGACGUCGGGAUUACGGGGAACGGACAUAUGAUGUUCAUGGAGCUGAACAAUAUUGAGAUAGCGGAGAAGGUGCUUGAACCGUGGCUUGCGAAGACGAUCCACUGAAGUCGCUACGGAUGAAGGUUAUGUUUUAGUACCUGCGCCGUCCAGCUCUAUCCUCAGCUCACUGAGCACUUCCUUUAAC